CUGCAAAGCUCCCACCCAUGCUUCAAAGGCUAUUAUGACGACCCCCAUAAACCACAAGCUAACACCGCAAGUCCAGCAGUGGCUUCACCGUGUCAUCGCUCCUGAAUAUGCAGAUCCGCAGAGAGCUUACAACGAUAUUGCUACAGCGUUGUUUAAUACCCCGUCUUUAUCGCCUAGAACGGAUGUCUAUACCCACGAAGACGGCCGCCCAGAGCUCCUCAUCCAGCUCUACGGGACAAUACCCGUCCUCUUUAGGGGCGCAACAUAUAACAUCCCAUUGACCAUCUGGCUACCGCAUACGUACCCCCGCCAACCCCCGAUGGCAUUCGUAACGCCAGCCAAGGACAUGCUGAUUCGUCCCGGGAACCACGUUGACCCUAGCGGGAGGUGUUACCAUCCUUACCUGGCGAAUUGGAUUAAUUACUCUGAUAGAUCGAAUAUUGUGGAUUUAUGCGAUGUUUUGAGGGGGGUGUUUGGUAGGGAACCGCCGGUUUACUCGAAGACUGCACCGCCCGUGGUUAAGCCUGCAGAGGAAGCACCUCCGCCUUUACCGCCACUACCAGAGGAGUUGGUGGGGAGAGCGGGGGGUUCGGCAACGCCUGCGCCGGCAAGUGUUGGGACGCCAGUUGGGCCACCGCCAUUGCCACCAUUGCCGAGAGAGAUAGCUAGUGGGUCGCCGGGUUUGGGUGUGGGGGGGAGGUUUCCAGGUCAUCAAAGUCCUCCACCUCCACCACUUCCUCCGGUGCCGGUACCGGCGCAUCUUAACGCUCAGCAACACCAGCGGCAGAGACCGCCACCGCCAGGGGAGGAUAUGAAUGAACAAGGGAGGGGCCCGCCGGGAGGGUAUACCGGUGGAGGACCACCCCCCCCUCCACUACCUCCAGUUUCACAUAGGGCGUCCGGAACCCCACAGCUUCAAGUUCCACCAUAUAACCCACCUGGAAGUGUAGGCCCAUACCCCCCCCCUUCCUUCCGCCAGAACAUGUUCCCCCCUCCCCCGCCACCUCCCCCUCACCCACCAAUACCCCACACCCACCGCCAGCAGUACUCCCCGCAAACCUCUACACCACCACCAACGCAAACCUACCACCACCCACCCCAGCACUACCACCCACACACACCCUUCUCGCCACACACCAACACCCCGCCUCAACCCCCACCCAUAGUAAAACGCCCCGAUCCAAUAGACAUAAUGUCCCUCCCCCCCCCUUCCCCCCCUCUCCAGGGCCCGGCGGUAGCCCCCCCACCCCUUCCGCCAAACCCCGAAACCACUCUCCUCCUCACCAAAAUCUCCACGUCCCUCCAUACCCUCGCCACAGCCUCCCACACAAAUCUAACUUCCACGACCCUCCCGCAAGCGGCAACUCAACGCGACUCCCUAACCCGUGCCCAAUCACAUAUGACCCAAGAACUCCAAGACCUCACCCACCUCCACGUUCUCUGCGCCCAAGAUGGCGAAAUACUGAAGGAGCGCAUUGCAGCUGCCGAAGGCGUCAUCCAUGAUGCGGAGAACAGAGAGGUACCCGGCGUUGACGCUGUUGUUGUGGGGCUCACGGUUGUGCACGCGCAAUUGUAUGAGCUUGUUACGGAGGAUAGGGCCAUUGAGGAUACAAUAUAUGUGCUCGGUAAGGCGUUGGAUAGGGAGAGGAUUUCUCUGGAGGUUUUUUUGAAGCAUACGAGGACGUUAGCUAGGGAGCAGUUCUUGUUGAGGGCGCUGGUGAAGAAGAUUAUUGGGCAGAUUGGGAUUGAGGAGUAAGUUAGGUUAGGUAUCACAUGGUUUAUUCUGGCGAGUGGGUGUAUAGUGGGUGCUCGGGGUAAGAAUAUGCAUACACAACUGCAGGUACAUGAUUCAGACGUGUUACCACAAAAGUUCUUGUUCGGGUUUCGUGCGUGUGGGCAGGCAGGAGAAUACCGAGUGAGAUUUCAUGCUCAUAUUUUGCGCUUGGUUCGCUGGGGUAUAGUAUUAUAUUGCGC